CGGCGCGUGGCGGCGGCGGCGGCAGCCGGCUCGGCGUGUGGCGUCCGGUGCGUGUCCUCUGUGGUCGCCUGACAGCGGUGCGGGUGCGGGUGCGGGUGCAGGGCCAGGCCAAGGGGCUUCAGGAUGUUUGUCCUGGUGGAGAUGGUGGACACAGUGCGGAUCCCGCCGUGGCAGUUUGAGAGGAAGCUCAACGAUUCCAUAGCGGAGGAGCUCAACAAGAAGCUGGCCAACAAGGUUGUGUACAACGUUGGGCUCUGCAUCUGUCUGUAUGACAUCACCAAGCUGGAGGAUGCCUACGUGUUCCCAGGGGAUGGUGCCUCCCAUACCAAAGUCCAUUUCCGCUAUGUGGUGUUCCACCCCUUCUUGGACGAGAUUCUGAUUGGCGUGAUCAAAGGUUGCAGCCCAGAAGGGGUUCAUGUCUCUCUAGGGUUCUUUGAUGACAUCCUCAUCCCGCCGGAGUCCCUGCAGCAGCCCGCCAAGUUUGAUGAGGCUGAGCAGGUGUGGGUUUGGGAAUAUGAGACGGAAGAAGGAGCCCACGACCUAUACAUGGACACCGGGGAGGAGAUCCGCUUCCGGGUGGUAGAUGAGAGCUUUGUCGACACAUCCCCGACAGGGCCCAGCUCUGCUGAGGCUUCCACACCCAGUGAAGAGGCUCCCAAAAAAGAAGCCCCUUACACCCUCGUGGGAUCCAUCAGUGAACCAGGCUUGGGGCUUCUCUCUUGGUGGACUAGCAGUUAGUGACCAUCAGAGGAUGCUCCCUGGGCUGGCAGCCUAGGCCCGAGAGGCACAAGUGCAGGAGUGCUAGAGAGGCCAGGCCGCUGGCCUCAGCCUCCUCUCGUCAGAACCAAGGAAUGACAAGUGGGGAGCAAGACCACUCCCCACCCCCAGCCCUGUGCUCGUUGGGGCACCUUUCAUCCUGAACCAUGUGCCCAAGGGCCAGGAGCAGGGGAGAGCCACAGGACCGUUGGUGACUUUGCCCCUGGGUGGAUCUGCUCCCUUCUGGACUCUAUGGAAAAGAAUGGUGGCCCGGUCCUUGGGCACGGCUCUUCCUGUCUCUGGGCCUCAGCUCCUCUCCUGAGUUGGAUUGGAUUGAUGAGACACCUGCCCCUCCCUCCCAGCUCAGAAUCCCCUGGUCUUGUCAAUAGGGCCCCGUUAGCAGCAGAGAAGCUGAGUGACCCAUCCGAACGGCUGUCACCUUCCUCUGGGCUAUCUGCCUAGCUGGGCCCCGGCAGCUGGAGGCCUGGGUGGGGCUGAGGGGUUCCAACUGGUUCGUCACCAAGUCAGAGCAGGGCUCUAAUUACAAAAUCGUGGCAGCAGUGACUUCAGCCUAUCAGUCAUGCCCGCCCACCCCCUCCAAGGAAAGGGUGGCUUUGGUGUCUGGCUGCACCCUGAAUUUUCCCUGGGAAGCUCCCUGUCCUUAGAGCCUGCUGGGUGAGAACCAACCAUCAGCUGCCUCUGGGCUCCAGGGGCAGGGCAGCCAGUGCACCCUGAAUAAAAUGGCUGUAAAAAAGCA